CUCUCUCUCUCUCCUGGGAUUUCUUCAGUCUGCGAUUUUCUCUCACAUAGACGAUCUGCAGGAUAAGCUCAAUUUGACAAAACCCAUGCCUUGGCUUACCCCUCAAGCAUAUGCUCCAAGAGACCUUGCCGGCUCAAUUCGACUUUCCCCUUAAAUCACAGUGGCCUUAGACCACAUUUUUCAUGGGUACCUUAAAGAGGAGACUAGAACAACCAUUAAGAGCUAUCAUUGCAUAUAUUACAUCUCUUGAGUUCUGGUUCUAGUUUUUGUCUUUCAUCCUUGGUUUUAGCUGUGGUCAUGGUACCAGGUUCAAGUAUUAUAAUAUUUAGUUUGUACAUAUAAUGUUGAUGGUUGGGUAUUCAUGCCUUUUUCUUUCUGAAAUUUCUUAUUCAUUUUCCAAAUUUGGCAGUGUUAGUCCUUGCCCGCCCAAUAUCCUAUGUAGAAUCCAGAUUUGCUUGAUGAACCUAAAUUUAAGGUGUACAUGUUACUAAUAGGUAUGCAAUGAGUUCCAAUUAGGAGAUAGGACCUACUUAAUAAUUUGAUUGUCCAGCAACAGGUUGAAUUAUCCUACCUUAUUAAAAGAUCAUUAAAGUCAUUAUGAGUUUGGUCCUUGUUAAUCGGUGAUACUUGAAAGGAUAAAUUGCAUAUUAGUUGGAGCUCUAGUCAUAUUUGUGUAAACCAACAUAGUUUUGGGGUUCCAACAAGUUGUCACUAAAAAGUUGGCUUGGUAGAAGGGAAAUAUGUUGGUCAUGAAAAAGACGGGUUCAUAGUUAUCAAAAUUCAUUAAAUUCUUGACGACCCACGACUUGGAUGCAUUGAUCCUAAACACGGUGAAUUCGCAAUCUAGAUAAUAAUAUUCCUAAAUCGAUUGGUUUUGAAACAUGUAGUACAAAUAUAAAAUUUAUAUUAAUUGACUAAGUGCAUAUAGACUUGUAAUUAUAUAUUAAUGUAAGAUAAAUAGUAACUGAUUUAGUGUUUAUGGAUGUUAUAUGGUAUAUAAUGUUGUAUAAUGCUGAAAACGAUAUAGAUAAAUGUUCCAAAAUAAAUUGUAACUUAAAAUGCUGUACUAGCUAAGCCUAACUUCAUCGUAUUACGUACCUAAGAAAGCAUCGUAUUGUGCAUUCGUACCACGUACCAAAGCGUUUCAUGAUCCAAGUAACAUUGGACUAGCUUUCAAAUGGUUCAAAGUUUUAGUAUUGGCCUUCGAUUCGGUUCGAGUCUCACGAGUCACCUCUAUGUUGAGCUGAUUCCACUAAGUCGUAAUUGAGUCAACGUUGAUUCGAUAAAUCCAUUGGAUUUGUGCAACGACGAACGUGUCUCGUUAUCUAAUCGGAGGUAGCCGAGUUGGAUUUUGUUCGGUUAAGUUGUAUUGGGCUCGGCCUACUUUGAACCUUGGGAUGAAUAGAUGUAACUGAUGAUGAAUUCAUUUUUUUCUUACCACUCUCUCUCUGUGUCCUCUAUAAUAGCUGAUGAAUCACAGAGUAAAUUAGUGUGGUUUGGCAAUUGAUUUAUAAUCCCACAAUGUUUAAGCCAAGUGCAAUAAACCAAGCCAUUGCUCCAAACUCCUUGCUUCAAAUAGGUUACCCAUAUUAGCCGACCAAUCUAUAAUAAUCUAAAGGAAUGAUUGCUUUUUGAGCCUACAAAAACCGUGGGUGAAAUCUACACUAUCAAUUAAGAGAGAGGGGGUUUUUGUAUAUCCUUAUUGUAAAAUAUCUAUAUUACCCCUUAACCACCAAUAGCCAUCCAUAACUUCUUGUCUUUGUUGGUCUUUUAACAUUCUUAUGUCUCUCUAUAUCUUACUUUUUUAUAGUUACGCACAUGGACGUCGUGUGGAAGUGCCCCUAGUGUUGAUUAUGCUUGGGUGGGAAUUUGUUCCCAUUUGCCUUUUGAUUCCACUUUUGUACUGAUAUAGGCGUUAUAAAAUGUUCGAGGCCCAUGUCAAUUUUGACAGAGGAUAGAUUUGGAGAUACUUUUUCUUCUGUUUGUGUAGUUUGGAAAAGCUUUGCGGCAAUUUUCCUUUCCGUUUAGUGUUGUAGAUUUUCAAGUGAAUUUGGUGCAGGAGAGGUGAAAAAAUGGAGCAUGAUGAGACUGGAUGCCAAUCCCCUCCUGAAGGCCCAAGUUUGUGCGUCAACAACUGUGGCUUCUUUGGAAGUGCGGCAAACAUGAAUAUGUGCUCAAAGUGUUACAAAGACACGAUAUUGAAACAAGAGCAGGCUAAACUUGUUGCAUCAUCCAUUGAGAAUAUCGUUAACGGAUCAUCUACUAGCAAUGAAAAAGAACUUGCUGUUGCUGUAACUGUGGAUGUGCAAGUUGAUUCAGUGGAAGCAAAUGCCAUCUCUUUGCCGCCAUCUCAUGCUUCAAGUUCUGGGGAGACUGGUGAUGCGAAGGCGAAGGAGGAACCUAGCCGGUGCAGCACUUGUAAGAAACGGGUUGGCUUAACUGGGUUUAAAUGUCGCUGUGGUAAUUUUUUCUGUAGGUCACAUCGAUACUCAGACAAACAUGACUGCCCCUUUGAUUACCGCAACGCUGCUCGUGAUGCUAUCGCUAAGGCCAAUCCUGUCAUUAAGGCAGAAAAGCUUGAUAAAAUCUAG